AUGGCGCCACCACGCCCCUCCAAGCCCACUCAUCGAGCCCGUCGAUCCCGACAUCCCCGCGAUUCCUCGUCGCGUAUAGAGCUUACCCCCCUCGAUCCUCUCCACCCUGUUCACUACAUCAUCCUAGACCACCUUCUCCAAAUGGUCCCUGCCACCUACAUCCGUCUCUCAAAAGGUCUCUGCACCUACGGCACUGCGCGCCUGUCAGCUCCUGUCGACUUUGACGACCAGCUGGUCUCCCACUCUCACAAAUCAGUCAGGAAAAGGCAAGAUGUUAAAUGGCUCUUCUCCGUCACUCAGUCCCGCACUAUCUGA